AUGAACGCGCUCAACAUCCUGUCGGGACUGAGUCCUCCGCCCACGCCCACGCCUCCAGCUACUCCCAUACCCUCUCGCUCGCGCACCGGCAGCACCAGCACCAGCACCAGCCACGCCGACCACGCCGACCAGUCAGACAAGCCGGGCCUCUCCUACUUUGACGACUUUGAGAGAUCCACCAAGCCUUUCGCACCCCAGACCGCACCAUCGUCUUCGCCCUCAUCGCCAUGGCUCCUUCCGUCGCGUAUAGCCUCGAUGCUCAUCACCACCCUCAAACUCGCCCUUGACUUCCUCUUGGCUCCCUUCCGAUACUUUGUCGCUGCCUUCUACGACUCCAACGGCUCCUUCUCUCUCCUCAUACCAAUGCGAUCCAUGCGCCGCUUGUUCUCGCCCGAGCCUCGUGAAGCCACUACCCACGCCACGCCCAACAAGCCACAUACACGCCCUCGAGGCACCUCUGUCGACUCGACCACCUCGUCUGUUCUCUCCGACGACGAAGGACAAGCCUUUGCGUCCUUUGACCAAGGUCCCGCCCACAACACUCGCUCCAAGUCUGCCGCCGACAAAGACGAGAUAGCUCCCGCCAAACGCUCUAUUCGUAUCAAGCUUCACAACAAUGAGGAUGCUCUGCGCCGCAGACGUCAACGCAACACCUCGGAUGCAGACAAGUCUGAACAAGACAAGGUCGCCGCUGUUGCCAACUCUCUAAAAUCUCCAUCAAACUCGGCUGCUACGAAGUUAAGAUAUCCGCGCGCCCCUGCUCCACCCAGACCCCUCGUACCCAGGCGUCAACCCUCCUAUGUCAUGUCCUAUAAUCCCGACCCACCCAAGAAGACUCUCAUCAUUGACUUGGACGAGACGUUGAUUCACAGCAUGGCCAAGGGCGGGAGGAUGAGCACCGGCCACAUGGUCGAGGUCAAGCUACAGGGUCCCAUCGGAGGGAACGGUAUGGUGCUGGGCCCUCAAGUACCCAUAUUGUACUACGUACACGAGCGUCCGUAUUGCCACGACUUUUUGCGCAAGGUUUGCAAAUGGUACAACCUCAUAGUCUUCACUGCAUCUGUGCAAGAGUACGCCGACCCUGUCAUUGACUGGGUAGAACGCGAACGCAAGUACUUUAGCGGCAGAUACUACCGUCAACACUGCACUUUCCGCAAUGGCGCCUAUAUCAAGGAUUUGACACAGGUCGAACCUGAUCUGAGUAAAGUCAUGAUUCUUGACAACAGCCCCAUGAGCUAUAUUUUCCACGAAGACAACGCAAUUCCGAUAGAAGGCUGGAUAAGCGAUCCGACGGAUAACGACCUCUUGCAUCUAGUCCCUCUUCUUGAAGGCCUGCAGUACGUGACAGAUGUACGAGCUCUUUUGGCAUUACGGCUUGGACAAGCAGAACGUACUUGA